GAUCAAAACUCACUGGCCUUCACUCUCCCAUCGUCUCUGCUGAAAAACCCUACCUGGGCUUAUGCCUCGAGCUCCAUCUCCAUCUCCUACAAUGUCUAUAUUCUGUCGGCUUCGCCAAGCCUGCCCCAAACGUCAUUAUUCCACAAUCCUAUCUCAGGACUCAUCCAAGCCUCUCUCCUCUAUCGAGAAAUCCAGAGCCGCCCUCAAUCUUCUCAAGGCCGAGAAGAACCCAGAACGCAUCCUCGAGAUUUGCCGCGCUGCUUCACUCACUCCCGUGACUCACAUCGAUCGAGUUGCUUUCUCUGUCGCCAUUUCCAAACUCUCCAAGUUUAAUCACUUCGAGGGAAUUCGUCAAUUCCUCGAGGAGUUGAAGACACGACCUGACCUGAGGAAUGAGCGUUAUGUAUCGCACGCGAUUCUGUAUGGCCAAGCUGACAUGCUUGACCAUGCCAUUCGGAGUUUCAAGGAAAUGGAUGAAUUGGGCAUUCGUCGGUCGGUUAGAUCGCUCAAUGCUCUUCUCUUCGCUUGUAUUCUGGCCAAGGACUAUGAGGAGGUGAGCCGAAUUUAUCUUCAGUUCCCUAAGAUGUAUGAAAUAAAGCCGAACCUUGAUACCUAUAAUACAGUAAUCAAGGCUUUCUGCGAGUCGGGUUCGUCUAGUUCUGUGUAUUCCAUAUUAGCUGAGAUGGAUAGGAAGUCUGUCGGGCCAAAUGCGACUACUUUCACUACAUGGAUUGCGGGGUUUUACAAGGAGGAAAAGUUUGAUGAGGUCGGGAAGGUGUUGGACUUGAUGAAGAAGCAUGGUAUUAAAACGGGUCUAAGCACCUACAAUAUUAGGAUUCAGAGUCUGUGUAAAUUGAAGAGAUCGGCGGAGGCAAAAGCUUUGCUUGAUGGAAUGAUAUCCAUGGGAAAAAAGCCGAAUUCUGUUACUUACUCUCAUUUGAUUCAUGGACUAUGUAGAGACGGCCACUUUGACGAAGCCAAGAAAUUGUUUGUGGACAUGAAAAGGAGAGGUUUCAAGCCGGAUAGCAACUGUUAUUUUACUCUGGUUUACUUCUUGUGCCAAUGUGGAGAUUUUGAGACUGCUUUACUGAUUGCCAAAGAAAGCAUGGGAAAGGAUUGGAUUCCUACGUUUUCGACAAUGAAAAAACUCGUGGAUGGGCUGGUCAGCAUUUCGAAGGUUGAUAAAGCUAAAGAUCUUAUCAAGCAAAUCAAGGAGAAAUUUACGGAAAACAGUGAUAAAUGGAAUGAAAUUGAAGCUGGAUUGCCUCAAUAACGGACACCGGUGAUUCGUAAAAAUAUUCUGUUGAUCAGGCAGAAUCCUGAAAGAUUAUUUAUCAGAGGGAAGUUGGCCAAAAUGACCUUAUGUUUGCGGUCAAGGGUAAGUUGUUUCGGUCAUUUAAUCUGCCCAAUAUUAUGAAUCAAUUCUUCAUCUUGUGAAAGAUUUACAUCCGGAUCGGACGGCUGAAGAACGACUGGCCCCAUCAUGUAGUUUUAUUUUUCUCUGACUUAGCUUGUUGCUAAAAGUCCAUGUUAAAUGAUACUCUGCCAAUUCAGUUUUGUAUACUUUUCUUUGUUGAUGAUAGGUAAUUUUCUUAUUCGGGUAAUAAACGUGGAUGGUUCUCUGAGUUUCUGUGACCUCCAUAAAUUGAUCUCUAAGUUAUGGUUUUAGUUUCU